GUCAUCUCAAGCUCCUUCGAUUGCUCGCUUGAUGUCGAUUCGGACGCAAUUAGAGCCCGCAGCACGCCGAAUCUCGAAUCGAGCUCGACCCAAGUGACAGCCGCUGUGCCGGCAGCGGCUACGGCAUCUAGGGGUCCCUUUUGCUGCCACGAUACCUCGGCUUACUGUGGGUGGUCAUCAGCGUCACUUCGGCAGUAGCAGCUUCUAUCCAAUCAACGCGCGUCUUUCUCCGCCUUUAGACACGGCUUCGACUGGUGAGACUGGCAUCAAGUUUUCAUUGAAGAGGACUCGGUGUCGUCGAUACAGAGAGAGAGCGUCUCGUUGCGUGAUUCCAAACCCCGUCCAGCCAUGUCGCCUCAGAUUCCCAUCGUUGUCGGCGUUGGCGACUUCGUCAACCGGUCAACUUCAGUUGCCGACGCACAGGAGCCGUUGACACUGAUCCUCAACUCCAUCAACAUCGCGCUGGAUGACACCGGUCUUCCCCAAGACAAGAAGCAGCAACUUCAGGCUGCCAUCGACAGUAUCGAUGUGGUCCGCACGUGGACUUGGCCGUAUGACGACCUCCCAGGGGAGAUCAGCCGCGGACUAGGAGUUGAUGCACGGCAUAAGUUCUACAGUGAUCACGGCGGGAAUAAGCCGGCCAAACUUUUCGACCAGGCUGCGAGGAGAAUUUCGAACGGGCAGACGAAAGUCGCAGUUGUUACGGGUGGAGAAGCAUUGGCGUCCUUGACCGCGUGCGCCGUGGCCAAGAAGCUGCCACCACCAGGAUGGACCAGAACAAAGGAAAGAGUCGAUACACCUUUCACUCCUACAGGCAGAGACCUGGGUAAAGACAUUGGCGCAGUUCACUCGAUAGGAGCCCCCAUCCACGUCUAUCCGCUCUUCGAAAACAGCUUCCGUGCGCACCGCGGCCAAUCAAUACCCGAAAACCACGACGAAUCGUCACAACUGUACGCCGAAUUCGCAAAAGUGGCAGAGAAUCAGCCGUACGCUUGGAAUUAUGGCAAGCCGGCAGCCACGAAGGAGGUCAUCGGCACGGUAACGAAGCGCAAUCGCAUGAUUUGCUUCCCCUAUCCACUUCUCAUGAACGCAUUCAACACCAUCAAUCUGGCUGGUGCGUGCAUUCUGACCUCGACGGACUACGCAGAAGAACUGGGGAUUCCAAAGACCCAGUGGAUAUACGCACUCGGUGGUGCUGGCACGCAGGACAGUAGCAACUUUUGGGAACGACCGAAUUUUUUCACGAGUCCCUCAAUCGAACGCUCCAUCGACGCAGGUCUGCAAGUCUCUGGUCUGACCAAGGAAGACAUCGACCUUUUCGACUUCUAUUCAUGUUUCCCGAUUGUCCCGAAAAUGGCUGCUUCACAUCUCAACUUGCCCAUUACGCACGGCAACAAGCCUAUAACUCUCCUCGGAGGCCUGACCAGCUUUGGGGGCGCAGGAAACAAUUACUCCAUGCACGCUAUAACCGAGAUGACGCGGCAAUUGAGAAAGGGCAAGGGCCGAUACGGCCUGAUCCUCGCGAACGGUGGCGUCAUGACCUACCAGCAUGUUUUAUGUUUGUCGACGACGCGCCGACGGGGCGGCCUCCCCUACCCUGACAGUGACCCGUUGCCGGAGUUCGUGACCGACAUCCCCGUUCCCAAGGUCGAUGGCAAGGUCGAAGGAGAGCAGGAUGCUGUCAUCGAGACAUAUACGGUUGAAUUCAAUCGCGACAAUACCCCGCUCCGAGCAUACAUCGUCGGUCGACUCAAGAGCACAGACCACCGGUUCAUCGCCAACCACGCGGACGACGAGACGUUGAAGCAGCUUUCGUCCGGCACGGAUGAGAAGAUUGGACGCACGGGGCGGGUCCGGAAUGACGGGAAGAGGAACCUGUUUACGCUGAAGAAGGGAACAUUGGGCAAGCUGUAAAAGAGUGUGCUGAGUGGUCGGUCGGUACACUCAUGGUUCGCCUCU